AUGCGCUCGGACAAGGAGGGGGUCGCGGCCCGGGCGGCGGCUGCUGCGCGGGGGCUGAACGGGAGGGAGAAGCUGGCGGCUGCGGAAGCCCAGUUGCGCCGGGAGUCGCCCCGGCGAGAGCCCGACGCGCCGCGGGCCCCGUCCCCCGGCCGCGGGAGCGGCGCGGACAAGCCCCGCGAGGAGAAGAGGACGGUUCUGAGCAAGGUGGUCAUCCGGCGCCUGCCGCCCAGCCUGACCCGGGCGCAGCUGGAGGAGCAGCUCCGCCCGCUGCCCGCGCACGACUACUUCGAGUUCUUCGCGGCCGACUUCAGUCUUUAUCCUCAUCUCUACUCAAGAGCAUACAUCAAUUUUAGGAAUCCUGAUGACAUCCUUCUUUUUAGAGAUCGUUUCGAUGGAUACAUCUUCAUUGACAGCAAAGGCCUGGAGUACCCUGCGGUGGUUGAGUUCGCUCCGUUCCAGAAGGUUGCCAGGAAGAAGCCGAAGAAGAAGGAUGCCAGGACAGGGAGCAUUGAGGACGAUCCAGAGUAUAAGAAGUUUCUAGAAACUUACUGUGUGGAGGAAGAGAAAACCAGCGCCAAUCCCGAAACCCUCCUGGGAGACAUCGAGGCAAAGACGAGGGACCUUAUUGCUAGAAGAACCACACCUCUUUUGGAGUACAUCAAGAGCAGAAGACUGGAGAAGCAGAGGAUGCGGGAGGAGAAGCGAGAGGAACGGAGGAGGAGGGACUUGGAGAAGAAACGCUUACGGGAAGAAGAAAAAAGAAGAAGAAGAGAGGAGGACAGGUGUAAGAGGAGAGAGGCGGACAGACGCAAGAAAGCUGCCGAGAAGCAUGUGCGGAUCAAGCUUCUUAAGAAACCAGAGAUGGGAGAGGAACUAGCCCCUGAGAAAGCCAAAAGCAGAGGAGAGGAAGCUGAUGCUGGGGAGGGGAGGCGGGAGCCCCCAGAAGGCCGUGCCCCGCCGUGCCCCGAGGGCCCCCCACAGGAGCUGCCGCAGAGGCCACAGGAUGACGGCGGCCAGGAGCCGGUGAAUGUGGGGAGGGGACUUCGGGAAGAGGACCCUGAGGCCCCGCACGGCCGCCCAGGCGAGGGCAGGGGAGCCAGCGCACGCCGCGAGCCCGGCCGGUCCUGGAGGAGGAGCGAGGACAGCCUGAAGUGGGGGCGAGGGCCGAAGGGGAGCCAGGAGCACGCAGCCCCUGCGGAGGCCGCCCAGAGGCCUGGGAGGGAGAAGGACGAGGAUGGCCCGGCCCCCAGGAAGGAGCGUGUGGGGGACAAGGACCGGCCAGCUGGGCAGCUGCGCCAGCCGGGACCGUGCGGCCGAGCCUGCGAGGAGGGCGGAGGGGCUGAGGUGGAGAGCGAGUGAGGCUGGCAGAGCAGCCCCAGGAGGACGCCCCUCCAGGGUCCCACUGUCGUGGACAGCGCCUCUCCCAAGUGUGGUUUUCCCAGAGCAGAGACAAGACCCUUCCCUGACAGCAGAGAGCCGAGGGGGCCGCUGUGUGUGUGAAUUCCUGCCCCAACCCGGCCCCUGCUGGCCCCUCUGUGCCCACCCGCACCCUGACUCCGUGAGCUCCCUUGAGGGGGGCGUGUGGCCGGCCCAGCCGCGUACAAGGCCAAUGGGUGGCUCCUCCUGCCCCUACACACCCCCCCCACCCCCCCCCGUGUCCUCUCUGAGUGACAUUUUCAGUGAAAAGUUGUUGGGGCACCGGCUGCGACGCGUUCACUGCAUAAGGAUGCCGGUGCGGGUUUGAGACUCGGCUCGGAUGCUUUCCAUGUAGAACUUGGUGCAAUAAAACCGCUUUUGAAAGUUCAGCUCUCGUGGUCUGGGCGCAUCGCCA